AUGUCGGACUUUAUUCAGACAGUUUUAUCGGAGAUCGGCUGGGAUAAGGGCAUGGCCAUCCCCGGGUUCAACGACACGAACCUCGCUCUCCUGGAGCAGAUUCGCCAAAAAGAGGCAGAGCUGGUGCAACUGGACAACACAAUUGGAGGAAACAAAAAUAAAAAGGAAGUUGUGGCUAGUCUUCUCAAAAAUGCCCAACAAGAAGUGGAAAAUCUUGAGGCUCUGUCGAAGGCAAAGCAAAGAGAGAUAGAGUUGGAGAAACACCGGACUGCCCUCGCAGAGAGAGAGUUGAGUCGCUUGAAUCAGCAGAUUGCCAAGUUUGAAAAUGAGAUUGAAUCUUCGGAAGAAAGAAAAUACACGAUUGAGAAAAACCUGAGCCAGGCGAAAGAAAAGCUGGAGAAGUUCAGGAACCAGAUGAACUGGAACCAGCAGAACAUGGAGCUCUUCUUGGAGGAGUCGGCACAGAAAGAUGAGGACACGAUGACCAUUAUCAAAUACUCUCAGCAAGAUGAGAAGAAAAUCAAGUCACUCACGCUGACUGUAGACAAGUUGAAGAUGGAGGCCAACGAAAAACGCAGAGCACUUGACAAAGAAUUGACAGAGACUAUGUCGGCGCAGGUGGCUCUGGAUAAGACAGCUGAGAAUCUGCAGCAGGCUCACCUGGAGACGCAGCAGCUCACCGACCAGCUGGAAAACACCGUCAAGCAGAUGAAGCAGCAAGACGCUGAGAUGCAGCAGGGUUCCCUGCAACUUGAACAAGGUAAUCGGGACAUCGCAGAGAGGAACUCCACCAUUCUGGAGAUGAAGCAGCUGAUGGAUGCUCAGAUUAAAAACAACAAGGAAUGUGAGAGGGUGGUGACGAGAGCAAAGAAACAGCUGGCCAAACUGCAGCAGGAUCUGAAGGACAGGGACGACAACUGCAUGAGGCUGCAGGAUGAGCUGGACAGUUGCAAAUACACGCUGAACAGAACCAACUCCAACGUGAAGUCUCUAACGGCCCAAAAGUCCAAGAUGAAGGACAACAUCGUGGAUAACGACAAAAAAUUAAAGGAGGCCAAGAGCUACAACGCUGCACUGGAGGAGAAGCUGAGAGUGGUGACUCAGACCGCCCUCACGGAGGAGGAGCGGUCAGCGCAGAUGGAGCUCAUGCUCAAGGAAGAGGAGCAGUCCAUCAAGGAGCUGGAGACUCAGUUCCGCGACCGCAUGGAGGAGCUACGUCUUGAGAAAGCACGAUUCCAGGAACUGAAGUCUAAGGAGAAGAUUGCCAUGUCAAAUAUUUCGAGCAGCAAAACUAACAUUACCGGCCUGCAGAGCAAAUGCAGAAAACUGGAGAAGGAGUUGGCAAAACAGGAGACGACCAUUUACAGACAGGAUAAUGAGAUACAUGAGCUGAAUGGAAAACUGGCACGGCUGGAGGAUGACUCUUCCUCACCGGAAAGACAGAUGUGGGUCACAAAGAUUACCGAGCUGAGACAAGACCUAGAGGAGAAGAAAAAGAAAGCCAGGGUGCUUACCAGUAGGCUCAAGACGUGUGAGGAGGAUGCUCACCAAAUGAGUAAGAUGAAGGAGAAGAUAGAGGCUCAGAAGAAUGAUCUGAAGGAUAAGGUGGAGGGGCUCACGGUUUACAUCAAUACUAGUGAAAAGGAGCUGAAGAAACUGAAGCUGAGGAAAACAGGUGAGUAGGUGCAGCACAAGAUUGUGCUGUUAGAAGUCAAGCGUAUGAGGGACCUGCUGUACAACAAGGCUGACAGCAUGCUGUCGUUGGAGAAGAGGAAAUUAGAGCUGCAGAAAACCAUGAAGCAGAGGGAUCAUGAGAUCAGGACCUACAUGGAUAUGAUCGGCAAGCAGCUUAAGAUGUGUGAGAAGGAGAGGAAGAGACUCAGUGCUGAACUUGGCGAGUCCUUGAAGAAGAUCGACUUUAUGAAGACACGUUUUGAUGAUUUGGCCCAGACUGUGGCUCCUGACGUGGAUCAAGAGAAAGCGCAGGCCCACUACAUCACUAAGGCUGCUCUAGAGAAAGAGGAGCUUCAGCGGAAAGGAGAUGAUCUGGAUGCUAAACUUCGUAGGAUGGAGUUGGAAACCAGAGCUUUUCAGAACACCAUCCAGGUGUAUAAAAAGGCUAACUCUGAGUAUCGUGAAUCCCUCAGCGGGGUAGACAAAUCUAGUCCAGAGUACAAGACAAAGCUGGAGCUGGAGAAGGGGCUGAUGUCGACCCAGGAGACACUCACGUUUAAGAGACGGCAGGUCCAGCAGCUCCAAGAGGACAUGCAGGAAAUGAAAGACACCUUGGAGGACCUACUGCAACAACAGGAAGAGAAGAAAGAUGAGAUAGAAAUGAAACACACUCAAAUCGUUAAACUGAACAAAGAGCUGGCCGCUCUGCAAGAGAAAAUUAACCGAGCCGCCAAACAGUGCUCUACUCUGACCAAAGAGAUCCGCUCAGCAAAGUCCACCAAAGCAGAGACGCAUGAAGAAAAAGAUAUUAAGCUUAAGGAGUUGAAAGAAUUCAACAAAAACAUCAACAAGAUGUUGACUGAGGCCACGGAGGAGCGACCUGACCUCAGAUCGGAUCUGGAGAAACACUUCCUACAGGCCGGUCUGCCUCCUCCGUUUCCUCCCCCCACUCCUGCCGGCCGCCGGAGCUCCACCAUGAACUCGGCCCCCAGCUCGGCCUCUCUCAGGUAUCCUGGUUCCUCUGCCAGUGGCAGCCCCCGGGUCUCUCCACUCUCCCCCCCCGCGCUGAAGGUGGUAGACCUGGGCUUGGAUAUAUCUGUCACCCCCCCGCGCUCUCACACUACGUCCAGGAGUUCCAGCCUUGCAGGCAGCGGCAGCAGCAGCAGCAGCAGCAGCUGGAGGACGCCAGACAAGUCCUAG